AUGGCGGCGUCCCCUGGAGGGGCCCCGGUGUUAGCGGAGGAGGAGGUGUCGGUGUCGGCGUCGCCGUCGCCGUCCCAGUCUGAAGAGCCCACGUUGGAGCCAGACUCGGAGAGCAGAGCUGAGCGCCUCUCAUUUUGUACGAAGAUGUGCUAUGGCAUUGGCGGGGUCCCCAACCAGGUGGCCUCCAGCGCCACCUCCUUUUACCUGCAGCUCUUUCUGCUAGAUGUGGCACAGAUCUCCGCUGCCCAAGUGUCUGUUGUCAUGUUUGGAGGGAAAGUGUCUGGGGCAGCCGCCGACCCCGUGGCUGGGUUCUUCAUCAACAGAAGUAGGAGGACAGGGUCUGGACGACUCAUGCCCUGGGUGCUGGGCUGCACACCCUUCAUCUCCGUGGCCUACUUCUUCCUGUGGUUCCUGCCCCCCUUCACCAGCCUGAGAGGUGUCUGGUACACGACUUUCUACUGCCUGUUCCAGGGCCUGGCCACGUUUUUCCAGGUGCCCUACACAGCGCUCACCAUGUUUCUGACCCCCAGCCCGAGGGAGCGGGAUUCGGUCACUGCCUACCGGAUGACCAUGGAGAUGGCCGGGACGCUGCUGGGCGCCGCUGUCCACGGGAUCAUCGUGGCAGGCGCCCACGAGCCGCACUAUUGCGAAGACGAUGAGCCCCGGGGGCCGGUCGCUGUGUCACCCAAUGCGACUCGUCUCUACUUCAUUGCAGCCACCGUGGUGGCUAUCAUUUACCCUGUGUGCAGUAGUUUGCUCUACCUGGGGGUGAAGGAGCAACCAGACCCCUCUGCAGCACAUGUAGGACAAGGCCUGAGCUUCCUGGCUGGACUGCGCCUCACUGUCAAGCACCCGCCCUACUUGAAGCUGGUGGUCUCCUUCCUGUUCAUCUCAGCUGCCGUCCAGGUGGAGCAGAGCUACCUCGUCCUGUUCUGCACACACGCCUCCCGGUUACAUGACCAUGUCCAGAGUCUGGUGCUAACCAUCCUGGUCUCGGCUAUGCUGAGCACCCCAAUAUGGGAGUGGGUUCUACAUCGAUUUGGGAAGAGGAUGUCGGCCUUGGGGAUCUGUGCGAUGGUGCCUUUUGCAAUCCUGCUGGCUACGAUGCCCUCGGCGCCUAUGGCCUACGUUGUGGCCUUUGUAUCUGGCCUGAGCAUUGCUGUGUCCUUGCUGCUACCCUGGUCCAUGCUUCCAGACGUGGUGAACGACUACCAGCGGCAGCGCGAGCACGGGCCAGGCCUGGAGACCAUCUUCUACUCCUCCUAUGUUUUCUUCACCAAGCUUUCAGGCGCAUGUGCCCUGGGCAUCUCCACCCUCAGUCUGGGGUUUGCAGGGUAUAAGGCAGGAGCCUGCAAGCAGACGGAGGAAGUGGUGGUGACCCUCAAGAUCCUCAUUGGGGCCGUGCCCACCUGCAUGAUCCUGGCUGGCCUGUGGAUCCUCCUGGCAGGCCCACCCGAGAGGAGCCAGGCCAGUACACCACACCAGCUGAGCCUUCAGAGGAGCUCGAGCUACAGCCUCAACUGAAGCUGGAGGCUGCUGUGAGCUGGACCAGAAGUCAGGGUCUGUCUGCUGGGCCGGAAUCUCCCUUCCCUCUCACCCUUUUGCCUCCCUGCUUCACCGUCCGCACACACGUGACCCGGCUUCUCCCUGGGAGAUGGAGUCUUCAGAGAGUCUCCUGAAGGGCCUGCCUGACACAUUCCUUGCCUGUUGACCACAGGCCUUCUCAGGCCUGGUCGCCUGACUGCUCCGCUCCAGGCCACCUUGGACCUGGAAAGCCUCCCAGGAGUAGCCAUUCCGGAAGAAAGGGAGCACCCACCAAGCCCAGCUGCUGGUCUCCCCGUGGGAGUCCCUGGCCAACCACCUGCUGUCCCAUCUGACAGGAUAGACACUCUUGUUCCUCCUGAUGCUGCAGUGGACACCUGAGAGACAGGACAGAUGCCAUGUGAAUGCCUGGCAUGGGACCAACGGACAUGUGAGGACUACUUAGGGCAGGCAGACAGAUGCCCUGAGACCAAGAGACCUGAGAGAGGAUGAGGGCAGUGGGGUGAGAAGUCUGAGCCGGGCAUCAGAGGCGUUUCUUAAGCUUGUCCCUUUGUUCAGGUAAGUGGAAGACGCUCCGUUUCCAGAAGUGGACACAGACUGAUAAUAAACCACCAAAAGUUGAUUUUUAUGAACAGAAGUUAUUUUUGUGGAAAUAGGUUUUUAAUUUUUAUAAAAGCCCAGAACCACAUUGUAGAGGCUACAUCAUUGGGACAAUUCACUGCAGCUUAUUUUUUCAAAAACAUAUUAAAGGGUUUGUUUUCUAAUGAGAAAAUGUGAUUGUGGACCCUCCCUAACCCCCAAAACACAGAAGGGGAAAGAGUCAGAUGUCACUGGGCCUGGCUAACACCCCUCAGCCAAAUAUGCCCUGUCUGUGCUCUGACCAGAGACGUCCGGUGGGAAGUGGGUUGCUUUCCUUGACUCUGGAGUAGCCCACGGCAGCAGGUUUUGGCCUCUGGCCUCUCGCAUGGGUUGGGGCCUAGGGAGGAGUUUAGGAACCAGUAGGGAUGAAACGUCACCCCCAGAUGCCUAGACACCAAGCGUGAGAGGGAACUGGCAAGGCAUGACAUGGCCACACACUUCUCCUCACACCUCAGCUGUCCCCUCCAUGAGGUCAAUUCUCCUGACCCCCUUCUACCUCCUCUUGAGACUUCAGCUGCCUCAUAGGUGCCAGACUCACACCCACGUCUGCAAGAGCUCAGGACCACACUCAGAUGGGAUGUUCUCCCAGAACUUGAGAUAAACACUGUAGCUUGAGGAGGAAUCUGACCUCAGAGCCAGCGUGCAGGUGAUCUGCUCUGACACUCUGGCCCUGGCCACUGGUAUGAGCAUCUAAGUAACCCUUGAGGUCACAGGGUGCCAGAGAAAGAGAGCUAUUAUUCCCUUUUCUCCUCAAAGCAGCUCUUUGAGGCAAGCACUUAUUUUCAGAUGAGGAAACAAGCUUAGGUUAAGCAACUUGCUUGAGGUGAGUUGGUGCAAAUGGACUUGAGCCCAAAUCCGCCGGACCCAAACUUAUAGAGCUGGCCAGUGCUUAAGGCAUUCGUUGGGGGUGCGACCAGUCUCUGGACUUGGGUUAUCAUUGGCAUGUUUCCUCUUCUGGCACCAAAUACCAUCAUCCUGCCUCUGACUUAUGCUCAACCCACUGCAAUUCCCAUCACUCCUACUCAUCAGCAUUCAGACUGACUGACUGGGUCUCCGUACCUCUCCACACCCCUGUUUCAGAGAACUCUCGUUUUGCCCUAGGCCAACCUGGUUAAGAAUAUUUCCCCUGACCCCUUCUGUCUCCACGACCUUGUCCAUUUCCACUUAAUCCAGGUCACACCACUCACUUGCUCAAGACCCUUGUGAUCUCACCCUAGCACAGCAUAACAUUAGAAUAGUGAAGAACCCCUAUAAAUCAACAAGAAAAAGACAACCUAAUAGAAAACUGGGCAAAAACUAACAUAUGUGAAGGUGUGAGGUAUUUCAUGGCCUGGAAGUAAAAAUUCGGAUCACAAUGAAGUAACAUUUAAAACCACUGGAGCGUCAUAAACUGAGAGGCCUUCAUCAUUGAGACUAGGAAGGGCGCUGGUAUACUGCUGUUGGGGGUGAAAACUGACGGAGCUGUCUUGACAAAUAAUCUGAACUCACACAUACAGUGAAGCAGCAAUUUCAGGUAAAAGACCCUAGAGAAACCUUUCAAACACCCGCAUCAGAGACAGUUAGAAGCACAUGCUGAGUGGUAUAGUUGCAAAACUAAAAACCAGGCAAACAGUCCAAAUGUACAUGGUAGAAAAAUGGAUAAACUGUGGUUACUCAAAAACAGUGAAAGUACUAGAAUAUACGCCUAAGUACAAACCUUAGGAAGAAUGUGGAAAGAAGCAUGUCUCAGAAAACUACAUACCAUAUAUAUGAAGUUCAAAAGGGAAAAUAAACUUACCAUUUAGGCCAAAAAGUUAAAGUGGCUACUGUGAAACUCCUUUUUAAAAAGAAAGAAUAAAGAGAUGAUCAUUACAACAAUCCAGAGAUUGUCUCUGGGAGGAGGAGAGGACGGGAUCAAGGACAGACAUGGGGCUGAAAGGCUCCUGGUGGCAUUCUAAUGGUAGGGAGUUCAGCUUAUCGCUAAGCCACUCUAUAUUUUAUAUCAGUUGCAUGCAUCAAAUAAUACCCAUACAAAAUUUAAUAAACUUGGGUACAAACUGGGAUGUGUAAUGUCUUUCCAAAUGCAAGAUAUUCUCAGUAUAAUAUUAAACACUGAAGAGCUUAACUUUCUUCCUGUCUCGAAAGUCAACAAAUACCGGACUGCCUUGUGUUGUUCCAAUCACUAUAAUACCACCAAAGUUCAAGGAAAAAUCUUUUCAGGGUUGUCAUGGAGUCAGAUUUGUUGUAGAAAAAGAAAAUAAUUUGUAGUCUAGACUAUCCACCAGAAGAGGAUGGAGCCAAAUAC